AUGCUCUACUUUUGUUUCAGGCAUCUCUUAUCAGUGUUGGUCACUUUUGUCAGCGGCCCAUAAGUGGGCUCACCCUUUGGCUUUGGUUAGACAACUACCAAUUCGAAGAAGAAAAAUAUAUAAUCAGCGAUAUCUAUGUAAAUGAAGUAAAGAUUUAACUAAUAAAAUAUGCUGAACUGAAGUACUCUGAGAGUGAGAGAGAGAGAGAGAGAGAGAGCAAAAGGAGAAGGUCAGUUUGAGGGGAAGGUUUUAUCUUCAUCAAUGGAAUCUUCUUCUUCGUCUUCUUUCUUAAGCUUCUUUCUGCCACAAAUGCGUCGACUACGUCUUUCCAAUACUACCUUACUUUCUAGUGUCAAUUAUAGUUGGAAACAGAAGAGACCCUCAUUCUUAGUCUCUGCAAUCUCCUACGAGAGAUUCGUUCAAUUUGCUUUAAAUCAGUCCAAACACCAUACCCAUUUGGCCCCAUCUCCUCUGCAGGAAAGAUUUAGUUCAAUGAUUUCUACGGAUGGUAAUGUAGAGCUUCAAAUGCUGUCCUUCGAAGCUCCAAAGAUUAGACUCCUACGGAGUCUUAGUAUUGAGACUGAAACAAUGCAGGUUUUAGAUUUUGCUGCCUUCCCAAAACCAGAAUACGAUGUACCCAUCUUUUGUGCCAAUUUUUUUAGCAAUGCAAGUACAAGCAUAGUUUUACUGGAUCUUAAUCCUUUGCAUGAUGUCAUCAAUCAAAGAGAUUACAAAGAGAAGUAUUAUUCAAGUCUAAUUCCUCUUGGAGUUAAAUAUUCUGAGCUUUUACCCUGGGGAGGAAAACUUACAACCGAGUCUUUAAAAUUCUUUUCACCAAUUGUUAUAUGGACCAAAUUUACUCCAAAGCAAGACAAAUAUGAUGCUUUGUAUUCUGCAUUUGUGGAUUAUUACAAGGCUUGGCUUGAGCUAAUUGAUGAAGUAGCAGAGGAGAAUGAUGCAUCCAGAAUUAAAUGCAACUGUGAAGCACAACAUAGAUAUCUGGCAUGGAGAGCAGAAAAGGAUCCUGGUCAUGGACUUCUGAAAAGGUUAAUUGGGGACACCGCAGCAAAGGACUUGCUAAGGAACUUUCUUUUUCAUGGAAUAAAUGAACUAGGAAGCAAAAGCUUCUUGGAUUACUUUCCAGAUUAUCGCUCUGAGGACGGGACUGUGAUUGAGAGACGCAGUAUGAUUGGAAAGUCCUUUGAAAAUCGACCAUGGGACGCAAGAGGAGAAUUUGUUGGUAAUCUUUUUCUAAAUUAACUUGUAAUAUAUUUUUAGAUCUUGUAGAAAUAAAAUUGUGUAAUUUUCUUCAAAUUCAGUACAUUUUAUUGUUAUUAUUUUUUAUUUUUUAUGGCCGAACCAUAAAGCUUUCCCAUUAGGAGAGCCAUUGAAUGGUAUGUUUAGGAAAGAAACAUGUGAAAAAUAGUCCAAUUGGGAUAAAGCCAGGUCUCUUUUUAGUAGAAA